CACAGUGCGCCUCGCCACGGCCCCAUCUGACGAGCGGCCAUUCAUCAGGCCGGCUGGCCUAUCAAUGACAUUGCUCCCAUCGGGGCUCCUAUAAAAUGAUGCUUUUUCCCAUGAAACAUCCGCAAACAUUUUGACGGGUUUGGCUUUGCCCGGCUGGAUUUCUGCGUGUCUCCUCGCUCGCUGGCUUUCUCUCUCCCCCUUCUCCGAGCUCUCUCCCUUCUCUCUCUCUCUCUCUCUCUCUCUCUCUCUCUCUCUCCUUCUCUUCUUUCUCUUUUCUUUCUUCUUUCUCUUUCUUUCUUUUUCUUCUCCCCUUUAUCCUUUUCACUUUCCACUCUGCGUUCUCUCGCUCCUUCUCCCCUUCUCACUCCCUUUCUCCCUGGGCGGCUCUAGCACAGGGGAUCCCCAAACAUCAGGACUUUUGGGGGGCGCCUGUGCUGUCCAUGGGAAGAGCAUGCAUUGUGGGUUACUGGAGGAACCCGACAUGGAUUCCACAGAGAGCUGGAUUGAAAGAUGUCUCAACGAAAGCGAAAACAAACGUUAUUCCAGCCACACAUCUCUGGGGAAUGUUUCUAAUGAUGAAAAUGAGGAAAAAGAAAAUAAUAGAGCAUCCAAGCCCCACUCCACGCCUGCUACUCUGCAAUGGCUGGAGGAGAACUAUGAGAUUGCGGAAGGGGUCUGCAUUCCUCGCAGCGCCCUCUACAUGCACUACCUGGACUUCUGCGAGAAGAACGACACCCAGCCGGUCAAUGCUGCCAGCUUCGGAAAGAUCAUAAGGCAGCAGUUUCCCCAGUUAACCACCAGAAGACUCGGGACCCGCGGACAGUCCAAGUACCACUACUACGGCAUUGCUGUGAAGGAGAGCUCCCAGUAUUAUGACGUGAUGUAUUCCAAGAAAGGAGCCGCCUGGGUGAGCGAGACGGGCAAGAAAGAAGUGAGCAAGCAGACGGUGGCAUAUUCACCCCGGUCCAAACUUGGAACGUUGCUGCCGGAGUUUCCAAAUGUCAAAGAUCUCAAUCUGCCAGCCAGUCUGCCCGAGGAGAAGGUUUCUACCUUUAUUAUGAUGUACAGAACACACUGUCAGAGAAUACUGGACACUGUGAUAAGAGCCAACUUUGAUGAGGUUCAAAGUUUCCUUCUGCACUUUUGGCAAGGGAUGCCGCCCCACAUGCUGCCCGUGCUGGGCUCCUCCACGGUGGUGAACAUCGUCGGCGUGUGUGACUCCAUCCUCUACAAAGCGAUCUCGGGAGUGCUGAUGCCCACCGUGCUGCAGGCAUUACCCGACAGCUUAACUCAGGUGAUCCGGAAGUUUGCUAAGCAGCUGGAUGAGUGGCUAAAAGUGGCUCUUCACGACCUCCCAGAAAACCUGCGAAACAUCAAGUUUGAACUGUCCAGAAGGUUUUCCCAAAUUCUGAGACGGCAGACUUCACUAAAUCAUCUCUGCCAGGCCUCUCGAACGGUGAUCCACAGCGCGGACAUCACAUUCCAGAUGCUGGAAGACUGGAGGAACGUGGACCUCAACAGCAUCACCAAGCAAACCCUGUACACCAUGGAGGACUCCCACGAGGAGCACCGCAAACUCAUCAUCCAGCUGUACCAGGAGUUUGACCACCUGCUGGAGGAGCAGUCGCCCAUCGAGUCCUAUAUCGAGUGGCUGGACACCAUGGUGGACCGCUGUGUUGUGAAGGUGGCCGCCAAGAGACAAGGGUCCCUGAGGAAAGUGGCCCAGCAGUUCCUCCUGAUGUGGUCCUGCUUUGGCACCAGGGUGAUCCGGGACAUGACCUUGCACAGUGCCCCCAGCUUUGGGUCUUUUCACCUAAUUCACUUGAUGUUUGAUGACUACGUGCUCUACCUGUUAGAAUCCCUGCACUGUCAGGAGCGGGCCAAUGAGCUUAUGCGGGCCAUGAAGGGAGAAGGAAGCACUGCAGAAGUCCAAGAAGAGAUUAUCUUGACAGAUGCUGCCCCACCAACCCCUUCACCAGUGCCGUCGUUUUCUCCAGCAAAAUCGUCCACGUCUGUGGAAGUGCCACCUCCAUCCUCCCCUGUCAGCAACCCAUCCCCUGAGUACACUGGCCUCAGCACCACAGGACCGAUGCAGUCAUACACAUGGUCUCUAACCUACACGGUGACAACGGCGGCGGGGUCCCCCGCUGAAAACUCCCAGCAGCUCCCCUGUAUGAGGAGCACUCAUGUGCCUUCUUCCUCGGUCACACACAGGAUUCCAGUUUAUCCUCACCGAGAGGAGCACGGAUACACAGGAAGCUAUAACUAUGGGAGCUAUGGCAACCAGCAUCCUCCGCCAAUGCAGAGCCAGUACCCGGCCCUCCCUCCCGAGGCAGCCAUCUCUGGACCACUCCACUACGCCCCUUACCACAGGAGCUCUGCACAGUACCCUUUUAAUAGCCCCACUUCCCGGAUGGAGCCUUGUUUGAUGAGCACUACUCCCAGACUGCAUCCUACUGCAGUCACCCCCCGAUGGCCAGAGGUGCCCACAGCCAACACGUGCUACACAAGCCCGCCUGUGCAUUCCACGAGGUAUGGAAACUCUAGUGACAUGUACACACCCCUGACCACCCGCAGGAAUUCUGAGUAUGAACACAUGCAACACUUUCCUGGCUUUGCUUACAUCAAUGGAGAGGCCUCCACAGGAUGGGCUAAAUGACUGCUCUCAUAGGAAUCCAUAUUUAAUAUUAAUAAGUAUUAAUAAUAAUAAUAAACCCAUCCACUCCCCCCCCAGAAGACUUUAUCUCUAUACAUUAUAACUUGUAAACCAUUCCUAGGCAUCCAUUUUCCUAAUGAACGUGAGGCUGGGAUGAAUAAACUUUAGUUCAGAAACAGGACCCACUAAAAGUCAGUGAGAUUGGGUUCCUGUAGCCAAGCCAGACUUGACUUUCUUAGAGCACUAUCUCAGGCCCCUCUGUGCCUUUUCCCUUUGUUCCAGGACUUUGCUUUGUGUUGCCAACCACUCCCCAUAAGUUACUUAUUUUCCUGUUGACAAAAGCUCUUUAGUCUUGAAGGAUGGAUACUGGAGACAGAAUCUGGUUUGUGUUCUUGGAUGGGCACAUAAUUUACCAAGAGCACUCACCUUGUUAUCUGUCUGACAUCUUACUGUACAGUGAACAGCCCUCAGAUAUGUUCAAUGCAUUCCUUCUGCCUGGUGGUGCUCCCAGGAGCAUCAGGGCUAAAUGCAGGUACCUGGCAACUCGUGCCUGUCACAGGACCUGCAUUAGAACGUAAGCACUGUCUAGAGGAAAGGAAGAGGUCUGUUCUGCAUGCCUUAAGUUGACUGACGUUCGUAGGGGACCAAUUCUUCUAUGUACAAAUAUUUGUCCUAAGUUUGCACAAUGGCUAGUGUCAGCGAAAGGCAGGGAGGGGCUUCUAAAGUUCUGUGCGAUGUGGAUGAGGAGCAUUGAGUAUCACAUUCUGCUGUAUUAACGUUGUGAAACUGGAUGGACCAAACAUUAACUUACUGAGCACCAAGUGUGCAAGUGACUUUCACGGUUCCUUCAUAAGACGAAAUAAUUUCCGACACUUUGAUAGAAAAAAAUAUUUCAAAGCUGUGCCUUUGAGCUUAUACUAUACUGUGUAUGUGUGGAAAUAAAAAUGUAUUGUACUUUUGGAAAAUUUUUUCGUAGGCAUUCUUCUGUCAGAUUUGUAGCAAUUUGUGCAGUUUGUUAGAGCUUAACAUAGGUUUUCUUUCUGUAUUAUAAAAAGCACCAAGCAAUUAUGGUGGACCUAUUACCCUAUGGGUAAGAAAUAAAUAGAAAUAUGACAUCGGAUGUUUUAGCAAUUGUUCUGUAAAUAAAAUCUUUGAUCACACCCACUUUGUGUGAUAAUCAUGUCUACAGCUAAAAUGGAAAUAGUUUUAUCUGUACAGUUGUGCAAGAUAUGAAUGGUUUCACACUCAAAUAAAAUGUAUUGAAA